AUGUUGGACAUAGGUCGCCAAGCGCGGGGCGAUCUCGACAGAGAUGCGGUCCCCGCAGUCCAAGUAUCACAAUUUGACAAGGAUGCAGCGCUCACCCGAGACGACGGAAACACAACUGGCCUACUAACGGGUGGACCCGGCGGCGGGGUAGAAGGCGAAAUCGGGCUAUCGGCCUCCAAUGUUCAAGGUGCAGGUGAUGCAGGAGCCAUUGGCGUUGUGGGUGUACCGUCCAUCAACACUGUAUAUCUAGCGUCGGUGCAGGGGACGAUUUUGGAGAAGCACGAAGGAAGAAUGACGGAAGUGUGGAUUGCGCGAUCCGCCUGA